UAACAUCUUCUUAGCAUUUCGCAUCUUAACAUCACGUUUUAAACACUCGUCAUCCAAAAAUAAAAAUGGCGACCGCAACGAAAACAAUUCAACGUCUCAGAAAUUUUCUGAUGGGAAAAGAAUACAAUAUUGCUGUUAGAUAUCCAUAUGAACUUCAAAAGAGGACAAUGCCAGAUCCUAAUCUACCGGAUGGGUUUGCACACAAACUAAGUGACAAUUAUUACGGGUUGACACGCGACACUCGGCGUGAUCAUGGACCGCCAACCCUGAUGACACCAACAGUAUUGCAAAUCAGUGGUGAGAGUGGUAGUAUGAUAGCAGCAGAAAAGUUGAAAGUUGCUGCUCCAGGUGAUGUACUGAGUAUCUCUUAAGAAAAAGAUUAGUGUAUAUAUAUCCAAUAAAUUGUUAUCUUUCUUUCAAAAUGACUUUUUUUAUAAAAUUGA